UCGGUGUGGGAGGGAGAAUUGAGAAAGAUGGGAUUCAUAAAGAAACACGGGCCGCCGGCGAAGAGCACCUUGAAGAUGCAAUGCCACGGUGGUUUGAGGAGGAAGAGUUCUUUUACCUGCAAAAGCAACUAGGGAUCUGCAGAAGAUUCCGCUCUCUCUGUCAUGCAUUCUUCAAGGAAGGGUGUUGUUGUGUUUGCAUGGUGUUCGCUAUUCUCAUAAAAUCUGUCCACACUGUGAACAAAAAUCCCUGCAAGAUUCAGCCAAACAAGGACGACUUAGGCUACGAGGGGUCAGGAGAGACUUCGCCCAUUGCAAUGAGGUGACAAUGUUUUUACCCAGGGUGUCAUUCUAGAUGGAUCUUUAUUUCUUGUGAGGCUGCGUGUCAUUUGGAGAUCAGCAACAGAGAUAACAAAAUCUGCAUCUGGAAAGGAAGAAGAGACCCUUUCUGAUAUUUCAAACAUCCUCAAACAUGUGAAGAACCAAACAUGGCCUAGUGGGAAUGAUACACAACAAAUUUGAUUAGUGAUG